CCCUGCUACACCAGUAAGUUGACUCACUGUACAAUACCUCUCCCCUUCACUCUACUGCAGGGUGGGAGAUAAAACAAUGGUCUUGAGAACAGCAGGAAGUGUGUUGGGGGUCUUUCUCUGGUCUGUAGCAGUUGUACUGGGUCAGGAUGGCUGGAGUGUUACAUACACCCCUCAGAGUAUCUGUACCUUGAAGGGGUCAACAGUGGAGAUGUCCUGCUCUUACACACAUCCCAGUGGUUAUAUCGUCACAUCAACCUUCUGGUUCACUAAAAAUGAUGCUGAGGGGAAUCCUGUGAGUCUGAGUGAUGACGCAGACUACAAAGCUCGUGUGACGUAUCAUAAAGAUAACAAGAAUGACUGCACUCUGAGAAUCACAGACCUGAGAGAGAGUGACUCAGCUACGUACAAGUUCAGAUUCAUAACAGAUCAGACUGGAGGGAGAUUUACUGGCAGUCCUGGAGUCACUCUGUCUAUCACAGAUCUGCAGGUGAAGGUGACUCCUUAUUCAGUUGUAUCAGCGUGGAAGACACUGACUUGCACCACCUGUGUUCUGACUGGUAACCCCACCUACAUCUGGUACAAGAACGGACAGAUAGUAACGGACAACACUUCUCCCUAUUCAGUCUACCCUGAUGCUGCAGACAGCUACUCCUGUGCUGUAAAAUCCAAUGAGGAUCUCCACACUCCUGCAGUGUGUGUUCAGGAUCAGAGCUGCAACAGAGUAACUUAUACUGACAAUAGUAUCUGUGCCUUGAAGGGGUCAUCAGUGGACAUAUCCUGUACUUAUUCCAGUUAUCAUCCGAUCAAAACAACAUUCUGGUUUAGAAGUGAUAAGUCGGCCCCUGAGGACCUAACCAGAGACCCAGAGUAUGCAGGUCGGGCCCUGGAGAGCCUUCCCUCCAUCCUGAGAAUCACGGAUCUGAGAGAGAGCGACUCAGCUGAGUAUAAAUUCACAUUCAACACACAGAUCUCAGGAUGGGGGUACAGCUUCCCUGGAACAACUCUGUCGGUCACAGGUCUGCAGGUGAAGGUGACUCCUGACACAGAGGGACAGAAGACACUGACCUGUAGCACCACCUGUAAUCUGACUGACAACCCCACCUACAUCUGGUACAGGAACGGACAACGUCUAGAUGAGUCUACUUCCCUGCAAUACUCUGUCAAUAAUUCUUAUUCAGACAGUUACUCCUGUGCUGUAAAAAGCCAUGAGGAUAUCCAAGCUCCUGCAGUGUGUGUUGUGGGUGAGAGCUGUAUGAAUGUGACUUACACCCAUCAGAGUAUCUGUGCUUUGAAAGGGUCAACAGUGGACAUAUCCUGUUUUUACACACAUCCCAGUUGGCAUAACGUCACAGAAGUGUCCUGGUUCAGCAAAUGGGAGACUGGUGUAACUAACGAUCUGAGCCAGGACCCAGAGUAUGCAGAUCGUGUGGAAUACCAUCGACAAACAGACAAGGACUCCACUCUAAAAAUCACAGACCUGAGGGAAAGAGACUCAACUGAGUACAAGUUCAGAUUUAAAACAGUUCAUGCAGAAUGGGGAUAUACCUUCUCUGGAACAACUCUGUCUGUCACAGGUCUGCAGGUGGAGAUGACUCCUGCCACAGUGACUGAGGGACAGAGAGUGACACUGGCCUGUAGGACCGUCUGUACUCUGACUGAUAACCCCAACCCCUCCUACAUCUGGUACAAGUUAGGCCAGCGCCUCACCAACCAAAAUAACAGCCUGAUCCUCAACCCAGUCAGCAGUGAGGAUGCAGGCAGAUACUCCUGUGCUGUAGAAGGCUUUGAGGAUCUCCACUCUCCUGAAGAGACUCUCACUGUCAAAUAUGGCCCAAAGAACACACUGGCAUCAAUCCAUCUCUCUGAUGAAAUAGUGGAGGGCAGUUCAGUGACUCUGACCUGCAGCAGUGAUGCCAACCCACCUGUGGACAAAUACACCUGGUACAAGAAGAUUGGAGCCCACUAUCAGUCUUUCUCCUAUGGGAACACAGAACUACAGCAUGUCUUCAGUCACAUCCAGUCAUCUGACACUGGGGAGUACUACUGUGAAGCCCGGAAUGAGAUGGGGACAGACAGGUCUGAGUCUAUCAACAUCGAUGUGAAAUACGGCCCAAAGAACACCUCAGUGUCAGUCAGUCCCUCUGGUGACAUAGUGGAGGGCAGUUCAGUGACUCUGACCUGCAGCAGUGAUGCCAACCCACCUGUGCAGAGUUAUGCUUGGUACAAGAAUGGAAGUGUCUAUCAGAGUAUCUUCUAUGGGAACACAGAACCACAGCAGGUUUUCAGCCAAAUCAAGUCAUCUGACACUAGACAGUACUACUGCUGGGUCUCGAAUGGAAUUAGUACAGACAGGUCUCCAUCUUUAGACAUUGAUGUUAAAUAUGCCCCCAAAAGCACCUCUGUGUCAGUCAGUCCCUCUGGUGAAAUAGUGGAGGGCAACUCUGUCACUCUGACCUGCAGCAGUGAUGCCAACCCACCUGUGGACAAAUACACCUGGUACAAGACGAAUGUGACCUCACCAAAAGCAUCAGGACAGAGGUACAGCAUCACUAACAUCAUCUCUGAGGACAGAGGAGAAUAUUACUGUGAGGCUGAGAAUAUAUAUGGACGUCUCAACUCUUCCCCUGUAUUUGUGGACGUUCAGUAUGACCCAAAGAACACCUCCGUGUCAGUCAGUCCCUCUGGUGAAAUAGUGGAGGGCAGUUCAGUGACUCUGACCUGCAGCAGUGAUGCCAACCCACCUGUGAAGCGUUAUACCUGGUACAAGACGAAUGGCCAUCAGUCUGUCUCCUAUGGGAACACAGAACCACAGCAAGUCUUCAACCAAAUCAAGUCAUCUGCCACUGGAGAGUACUACUGUGAGGCCUGGAAUGGGAUUAAAACAGGGAGGUCUGAGUCAAUCAACCUGGAUGUGAAAUAUGGCCCAAAGAACAUCUCAGUGUCAACCAGUCUCUCUGGUGAAAUAGUGGAGGGCAACUCUGUGACUCUGACCUGCAGCAGUGAUGCCAACCCACCUGUGGACAAAUACACCUGGUACAAGAAGAACGUAACCUCACCAAAAGCAUCAGGACAGAGUUACAGCAUCACUAACAUCAUCUCUGAGGACAGAGGAGAAUACUACUGUGAGGCUGAGAAUAAAUAUGGACGACUCAACUCUUCCCCUGUAUUUGUGGACGUUCAGUAUGGCCCAAAGAACACCUCAGUGUCAAUCAGUCCCUCGGGUGAAAUAGUGGAGGGCAGUUCAGUGACUCUGACCUGCAGCAGUGAUGCCAACCCACCUGUGAAGCGUUAUACCUGGUACAAGAAGAUUGGCCAUCAGUCUAUCUCCUAUGGGAACACAGAACCACAGCAAGUCUUCAACCAAAUCAAGUCAUCUGACACUGGAGAGUACUACUGUGAGGCCUGGAAUGGGAUGAAGACAGGGAGGUCUGAGUCAAUCAACAUCGAUGUGAAAUAUGGCCCAAGGAACACUUCAGUGUCAGUCAGUCCCUCUGGUGAAAUAGUGGAGGGCAGUUCAGUGACUCUGACCUGCAGCAGUGAUGCCAACCCACCUGUCCAGAGUUACACCUGGUACAAGAAGAAUGGAGGUGACAAUCAGAGUAUGACAGGAACACAGCAUGUCUUCAACCAAAUCCAGUCAGCUGACACUGGAGAAUACUACUGUGAGGCCUGGAAUGGGAUGAAGACAGGGAGGUCUGAGUAUAUCGACAUUGAUGUGAAAUACGGUCCAAAGAACACCUCAGUGUCAGUCAGUCCCUCUGUUGAAAUAACGGAGGGCAGUCCAGUGACUCUGACCUGCAGCAGUGAUGCCAACCCACCUGUGCAGAUUUACAUCUGGUACAAGAAGAAUGGAGCUGAAACCUCAAUUAGACAUUCUGGAUGGAGUUACAGGAUCACUAACAUCAGCCCUGAGGACAGAGGAGAAUACUACUGUCUGGCAGUGAAUGAAGUUGGAUGCAAAAGAUCAAAGCUUGUUCCUCUAAAGGUUUUGUGUAAACCAAAGACCACCUCCGUGUCAGUCAGUCCCUCUGGUGAAAUAGUGGAGGGCAGUUCAGUGACUCUGACCUGCAGCAGUGAUGCCAACCCACCUGUGGACAAAUACACCUGGUACAAGAAGAAUGGAGCUUCACUGAAAGGAUCUGAAAACACCUUCCUCAUCACCAACAUUAACUCUGAGGACAGUGGAGAAUACUACUGUGAGGCUGAGAAUGAAUAUGGAGGUCUCAACUCUUCUACAAUUUAUGUAGAUGUUCAGUAUGGCCCAAAGAACACCUCAGUGUCAGUCAGUCCCUCUGGUGAAAUAGUGGAGGGCAGUUCAGUGACUCUGACCUGCAGCAGUGAUGCCAACCCACCUGUGCAGAAUUACACCUGGUACAAGAAGAAUGUAACCUCACCAGUAUUGUCAGGACAGAAUUACAACAUCACUAACAUCAGCUCUGAGGACAGUGGACAUUACUACUGUGAGGCGAGGAAUAAAAUAUCAUCUGAGAACUCUACAGCUCUGAGGAUCAUUGUAGCAGGGAAACAUACCUCAUACCUCAAUGCUGCUGUAGGAAUCAUAAUUGUUGUUCUGGUUCUCAUCCUCUGUCUCUCUGGCUUCAUGUGGUUCAGGAAGAAGGCAUCCAACUCCACCUCUGGCACAAUAGAAACAAGAGAUACAGCAGAUGAGGGACAGGGAGACUCUACUCUCCUUUAUGACAACGUCUUAGGCAUGGCCAUGCAGCAGAGACAGCAGUCACCGUCGAGUCAGGAUGACGUUCACUACACCAGCGUCCACGUCUCUCCCUCCAAAAACCCGGAAGAGCUUUGUGCUCCAUCGUGCAACUGCCUCAACCCCAGAAACAGGACAGAGAUGUCCAGUACACUGCUGUGAAAUUCAACCCUCCCAGUGCUACCAUCCGACUCACAGCGGCACAAGCAGCUGAGGAGGACACCUCUGAGAUCUACAGAACAGUCAACAAAACCCAGAACCAAGACCACCUGAACACAACAAAACCAAGAACACCUGAACACAACAAGCCCCAAACCAAGAAGAACUUAAAACAACAAUCCCAGAACCAAGACGACCUGAACACAACAAACUGUUUUUAAGAAAUGUUUGCAAAAAACGAAACAACUGAAAUAUACAUUUACAGAAGUAUUCAGACCUUGGUUGAUGCGCCAUUGGCAGCGAUUACAGCCUCGAGUGUUCUUGGGUAUGAUGCUACAAGGUUAUACAUUUUUUACAGCAAUACAUUUUGUUUCAUAUGUCUGUUACGCAAAUAAAUUCAAUUCAUUUAUAUACACUUAAUAUAAGUUUGCUAGAUUUAAAAAAAUAUAUUUGUUUCAUUGUUUUUAUCACAAAGUUAUAGCACAAUUUUGACUCAAAUUUAAGGAAAUAGUUCUUCUUGAUUCAAUGUUUCUUAUUAAUUUUAUCAUUUUAGUUUUUUUUACUAAUGUGUGAAGUGUAUACAAUCUAUCAUAAACUUCAUUGUCAUUGUUUUUACCUUGUUAUGACAGUAUUUUCAGUGGAGAGAAAAUUAAAAGCUUUUAAAAUCACAAUCUUGUACUGUACAUACAAUAACUACAAAUAAUACAUUUACAUUAGUUUGUAGAGCAAUAGUGGUUUAUUCAUCUUCAUAAUCAUUAUUUCCAUACAAAAUGUACACACACACUUUUAGAAGAAGCAAAGUCCAGCUCCUAGACACACAACCAGUUACAUAAAAUAUUAUGUAUUGUCAUUUUUUAAAUGCAGACACAAUAUGACUCAAUAAACCGAGACAGACAGACAGACUUGUAUGCAUGGCAGGUCGAAAAAAAUAAAUAAUUUGGCCAAAUACUCAGUCAGCUGAAGACAUCUCUUUCACACAAAAUGGCCGUUCAGACUUUCGGUAUCGCUGAACAAUGUCUGCUUUAUGUAGCUAACAAGCUUGCUGAGAUAGCUAGUUCACUAAAUUCAUAAGCCACUCCCACGUCAACUCUUAAUAACACAGUAUUUUUACAUGGAUGGUUUACUAUUUAUUUUAAAAUAUUAUUUUACCUUUAAUUUUGUGUAUAUUCAUUGGUAUCUUUAUCUACUGCCAUCUUCUGUUUGAAUCUUGUUUGGUUAGGCAGGUAGCCUAGUGGUGAGAGUGUUGGGCCAGUAACAGAAAGGUUGCUGGAUCAAAUCCCCAAGCUGAAAAGGUAAAAAUCUGUCAU